GAGGCACGUAAGGUUCGAGCAGAAGAGUAGUAGCAGCUGCUGUCGUAGCCGCGAGGGCAGGCUUCUCUGUGGCGGAUUGCGUAUUUUGACAUUGAGAAUUGCACCUCACCAAUUAGUGCUAUGGAUAUUUUCAACAGGAACAUAAAUUUUGAUGCCCUCUUCAAGUUUUCCCACAUUUCUGCAUCAACCCAGCAGCACCUGAAGAAGGUCUAUGCCAGCUUUGCAUUAUGUAUGUUCCUAGCGGCAGCUGGUGCUUAUCUCAAUGUGGUAACUCGGUUGGUGCAGUUUGGACUGCUGACUGGCCUGGGAGCAUUAGGCCUUAUGAUUUGGCUGAUGGCCACACCCCACAGCCGAGAAACUGAAGAGAAACGGCUGGCUAUGCUGGCAGGCUUUGCUUUCCUCACUGGAGUCAACCUGGGUCCUCUACUGGAGAUGUGCAUUGCCAUCAACCCCAGCAUCAUCCCAACUGCUUUCCUGGGCACAGCAGUGAUCUUCAGCUGCUUCUCCCUGAGUGCUCUCUUUGCCAAGCGCCGUGCCUACUUGUAUCUAGGGGGCGUCCUGUUCUCUGGCCUGUUCUUGAUGCUGCUGUUCUCCCUGGUCAAUAUUUUCCUGGGAUCGACUUGGCUCUUCACAGCUAAUCUCUACAUUGGACUUAUGGUGAUGUGUGGCUUUGUGCUGUUUGACACUCAGCUCAUCAUUGAGAAGGCUGAGAAUGGAGACAAGGACUACAUCUGGCACUGCGUGGAUCUUUUCCUGGAUUUUGUUAACAUCUUCCGGGAGCUCAUGGUCAUCUUGGGCAUGAAUGAGAACAAGAAGAAGAAAGAAAAAUGAAACAAAACCAGAUGUCUGUGUGGAGACUCCUGUUUCUUGCCCCCUUUUGCCUCUUUCUUGCUUCCAUCCAACUUGAUCUGCAUUAAAGGUGCCCCCUGUUCUUCCAUGUGAAUGAGAAGCAUCUGUGACAUUUUCAUACUUUGUGGAAAUUGGAUUUUUUUUCCCCUUGGUUUUUGAGCCUCUUGAAAAAGCUAACUGGCUGAUCCUAAUGCUGGAGUCUGGCUUUGCCCCACCUCUACAUAAACACGUAACCCACUUCCCUCUUCCGAUCAUCAGAGGCUGUGUUCAUAUCUGUAUUACUGUUAAUGACCUGUCAUUUUUCACUGGGGUAGCUCAAGUCCCUUCCACUUUUCUGUCCACCUCCAAGCUCAUUCCAAUUGCAGUGAGAGCAGAGUGGGGAGAACUCACUUCUUGCUGGUGUUGGUGAUGCUCUGAAAUUGCUGUUGAAACAUUUGCCUGAUAACAAGCCAGACUUGUCUGCGGGGCUUUUACAGAGAUGGAUGUUGCUCAAACAACUUCCUCUAAGGUGAUGGGGAAGAGAGAUACAAAGCAAGCAAACACUAGUUGCAGAUUGAAAAACUCAUAUUGGAGGCCUACUGUAGUCUGAUCCAUCACACUGGCUCCUCUGUCCUCAUUUUGCCACUGGUUAGCAAAAACUAACUUGUGCAAGUGAGAAAUUGUCUGGCACUCAGGUUUUAGCAACUGCUGACAGCUUGUGUGUGUGUUUGUUUUUAGGUAGGUGUCAGUGUGGUCUGGUCUGGUUUGGUUUAAUUGCAUUCCUGAGAUUUAACUCCUAAUGUUUGGGUUUGCUGAGGAGGAGGAACCCAGUACCCUAAACUAUUAAUGGGACUGAGCAGCCUUGGUCAGCAAGAUGUCAGGGUGACAUGUGGCUGCCUCUUCCCUUUUAACAUCUGGGAAUGAAUCCUACAGCAGAUGGGUUUGGGGGAAUUGGCUGGAUGUUGUAUAAUGGGAAUUAGUGUUCCUGCAUCCUGGAGAAAGUGGGAUCUGGGCACUUGGUAUUAAAAACGGCUCCCUCUACAUGCCCAUUAAGCUUUCCUUGCAGCUAACCAGAUAAUGUUUCUCCUGCCCUUCUUGGCAUCUGAAGCCAGGCUCCAGUUCUGCUUGCUUGAGAAAAUAAGGAUUUUUACUUCCUCCGUUCUUCGUCCCUUCCUCCCCCUUGGAAUAGUGCCAAGAACUAAACUGCAAGAAUCUACUUCAUAGAGACCUUGUCUAACAGGGUUUAAUAGAGUAAUGGCUAAACUCUGUCGCUCUUUGGAUGUCCAGCCCUGGCUGCAUUCUUUAGCCGCCUACUGUGAAGAGACAGGGUUUUUAAACAAAAAAGGUGUUUUGAUUCAAAUAAAAUUUACAUUGUCUUGCUUUGUAUGGGAAAAAUAUUAAAAUAAAAAUCCUCAAACUUUA